UUGGCGCGAAUGCGGGCACUGGACUCGGACUCCCGGCGCUCGCAGCACUUGUAUCGACAGAUAUGUUUGGCUAACAAAGUGCUAGAUUUGUGUAAAAUUCACGAUUUGAUGGCAUCUCAUGUGAUUCUAAGAGCAGAGGAGGAACCGGAUGAUGACAACCGACAGGCGCUCAAAGAUUGGGAAACAAAGAAGUCUACCGUUUUGGAGGUACUGGUGCUGAAAGGGGUGGCCAUCUGUGAUCUCAUCGAUGAGCAUAAAACCAACACUCCCGUGACUAGUGAUAAGGACAUACCUGUGCCCAGUGUUGAUGAUACCGGUGCUGCCGGUACUACGCCUACCAUUUCGGAUGCGGAUCACGUGUAUCGGGAUAUUUGCAAACUAGUGGACGACCCGUACGGCUAUGAGGUCCACAAGUUUACGGAAAGGCAUGCCUUAUUGCACGGGCAUUACGGUCGGGCACUCAAACUCUACUCAAAACAAUUUGAUUCGCUUGUAUGCGAUAAACAACAAGUGUAUCGUAAGAUGAUCGAGGUUUUUAAGAGUUUAAAGUGGACUCACGCUGAAAAUCAAUUCAAUCGCAAUUAUUUCGCUAUGUUUCCCAACGAUUAUCGACUAUUUUGACCUAGUAUCAUUCAUUCAUUCAAUGCUUAUAAUUGUUUCAACGUAAUUAUUUUUUCUACAAAUAAGUUAUGAAUACCAUAUACUCGUGC